AAUUUUGAGAAGGCAAUGAAGUGCCUAGAAAUUGAUACUGAGAUAACAAACAAAUUUCUGUUUAUUUGGUGUCAAGAUGAGUGUACAAAAAUAGGAGACACGUUUGGAAAAGACAAGUUUGGAUUUACAGUCAAGCCUGCAUUUUUCAAGGAAUUGAAAAAAGUGUGGAGCAUCCACACUAAGUAUGACGUAUCCAACACUUUGUUGGUCGACGACUCCCCUUAUAAGGCAUUCCUCAAUCCAGCACAUACUGCGAUAUUUCCUCAUUCAUACCAAGGAAACUGGAGCGAUACUUGUCUAGAUUCAGGAGAUAGCAUAAGAGUUUAUUUGGAAAAAUUGGUGGAAGCUGAUCAUGUGCAAGAAUUUGUAAGACAAAAUCCAUUUGCUGGUGGUCAAGAGGCUAUCAAAGAAAAUUCUGAAGAGUGGGACUACUAUCGCAAAAUUACAGAAAGCCAAUGUUGAAAUGUACGACUGGGUCUAAUCAUUCAGUAAACAAUAACUUGACGAAAUGUUGAUAAUAGUUGUAAUUUAGUUUUGACAGCCUUCAGUAACUUAGUAAUUUAUUUCUCCACAUGGAAAUACGGGAGUAAUUUUCCGACUUAUGACCUGAUCAAUUUAUGCCAGGAUCAAUUAGUAACUUAGUUUACACAG